CACAAGGCACCAAUCCACGUCGCAACCACCGUUACGCGAAAGCCCACUCUUGAUCGCGGCUCUUGAGGCCGACGCGUCGAGUCGCAUCAGUUCGCAUCCCAAGCGCCAAAAAUCACAGCCAGCGCCGGGACUGUGCCGUGUCUCGCAGACAAGCUCCUUAACCCUCACAUGUUGCGCAACAAGCGCCGGCGCAGCUCAUCAUGUAUAUCAAGCAGAUCAUCAUCCAGGGCUUCAAGAGCUACAAGGAACAGACCGUCAUUGAGCCCUUCUCUUCCAAGACCAAUGUCAUCGUCGGCCGCAAUGGCUCCGGAAAGAGCAACUUCUUUGCGGCCAUCCGCUUCGUCCUCAGCGAUGCCUAUACCCAGAUGAGUCGCGAGGAGCGGCAGGGUCUUCUCCACGAGGGCUCGGGCUCCGCCGUCAUGUCCGCCUACGUCGAGAUCAUCUUCGACAACAGCGAUGACCGAUUCCUAACUGGAAACAAGGAGCUCGUCUUGCGCCGCACCAUUGGACUCAAGAAGGACGAGUAUUCCGUCGAUCGCAAAGUCGUCACAAAGGCCGAUGUGAUGAACCUCCUCGAAGCUGCGGGCUUCUCGCGAUCAAACCCCUACUACAUUGUGCCCCAGGGCCGAGUCACUGCCCUCACCAACAUGAAGGAGUCUGACAGAUUGAACCUGCUGAAGGAGGUCGCUGGAACCCAGGUCUACGAACAGCGUCGUGCCGAGUCGCUCAAAAUCAUGAACGAGACGAACAACAAGCGAGAAAAGAUCGACGAGCUCCUGGAGUACAUCAAGGAAAGACUGAGCGAGCUGGAGGAGGAGAAGGAGGAGCUGCGAGGUUUCCAAGACAAAGAUCGGGAAAGGCGAUGCCUCGAGUACGCCUAUCACCACCGGGAACAGGUCACUAUUCAGUCAGCGCUCGAAGAUCUCGACAACGCUCGACAGGACGGCCUCGACACAUCCGACACCAGCCGACAGGAGUUUCUGGAUGGAGAAAAAGCCAUUUCGAGACUCGAUGCCGAGAUCCACAAGCUCCAGAGGGAGAUGGAGCUGCUGCAAAUCGACCGAAGACAACUGGAAGAAGACCGUCGCGAUGGUGCAAAGGGCUUGGCCAAGGUGGAGAUGAAGGCAAAGAACUUGAAGGAGGGACAGUCCGCUCAAGAACAGGCCCGAGCACAGCACGCUGCUGGCCUGGAGUCCGUACAGGCCGAGAUCGCCGCCAAAGAGAAUGAGCUCUCCUCCAUUCUGCCGCAAUACAACCAGAGAAAGACGUCAGAGGACGAAAUCAGGCGGCAGCUGGACACUGUCGAGGCGACGAGGGCACGUCUCUUCGCCAAACAGAGCCGCGGUUCGAGGUUCAAAAACAAGACUGAACGAGACGCAUGGUUACGACAGGAGAUUAAUGAGCUGGAAUUGACCCUCAGUACCCAGAGGGCUAACAAGGUCGAUGCUGACGAGGAGGUGGCGAGGGUCCUGCAAUCCAUUGGCCAAACCGAGCAGGAAGUAACCGAUCUGCGAUCACGUUUGGCUGGCUGGAGCGGCCAGAGAGCAGUUCUUGCGGACGAAGCAACCAAGGCGCGCGAUACUCUCGACAGACUCAACGACGAGCGAAAGGUGGUCCGACGCGAGGAUGACAAGUUGAGCUCGGUCAUUUCCAAUGCUCGCCAAGAGAGAGACAAUGCGGAACGCGAACUAUCCCACACAAUGGAUGGAGCCACUGCCCGUGGUUUGGCCACAAUUCGACGCUUGAAGCAAGACCGCGAUAUUCCAGGGGCCUAUGGCACGCUAGCUGAGCUCCUCGAAGUCAGCGAUGCCUACCGACUUCCCGUUGAGCAGAUCGCUGGUGCGAGCCUCUUUCAUUAUGUUGUCGACAAUGCAGAAACCGCCACCUUCCUCGCCGACGCCCUGUUCAAGCAGCGUGGAGGCAGAGUGACAUUCAUGCCGCUCGCCCAGCUACGUCCCCGAAAGAUGAAUCUGCCGAGGUCAAAUGAUGCCGUGCCCCUUUUGAGCAAGAUCUCCUACGACUCCAAGUUUGAGAAGGCCUUCCUGCAGGUGUUCGGCAAGGUGGUUGUAUGCCCCAACUUGACUGUGGCUGGUCAAUACGCCAGGAGUCACGGUGUGGAUGGUAUCACGGCGGAGGGUGAUACCACAAACAAGAGAGGUGCAAUGACCGGUGGAUACAUCGACCCUCGCAAGUCGCGCCUUGAAGCCGUCCAAGCGGUCAACAAGUGGCGUGAGGAGUACGAGGAGCUCAUUUCUCAGUCGCGCGAGAUCCGCAGACAGGUAGAGCUGAAGGAUCAAGAGAUCACUGCUGCCAUGUCCGAAGUUCAGAAGUUUGAGCAAAGACUGCGCCAGGCUGAUGACGGCUUCGAGCCAUUGAAGCAUGAACUAAGGAAUAAGUCGGCACACCUCGAGAAUGAGCGAACCCAUUUCGACUCCGCAAUCAAGCGCCGAGACGCUGUUGAGAAGAACAUGAAUGGAUUCAUGGAGGAAGUCGCCGCUCAUGAGGCUGAGGUCGGUACGGACUUCAAGAAGAGUCUGACAUCCCUCGAGGAGAGACAGCUAGAGGAACUUAGUGGCAAUGCGCAAGAGCUGCAGAAGCAGUGGAACGACAUUAGCAAAUCUCGCCGAGACCUGGAGCGACGGAAACAGCUCCUUGAAGUUGACCUUCGACAAAACUUGCAGAUGAAGUUGGACCAGCUCAACAGCCAGGCGUUUGAGAAUUCCGCCUCGAACUCUUCCGCAGGCGGCCUGAAGGAGACACAGAGAGAGUUGAAGAAGGCGCAAAGUGUGCUCAAGACAGUCGAGGCUAACCUCCAUGAGACUGAAGCUAAGAUGGACGAUGUGCUACUUCGCUUGGAGCAGAUGGGUACAGAGAAGAGCGAGCGAGAGCAGACACAGCAAGAGCUCUCGGUUAGAAUCGAAAAGCAGCAGAAAAGGAUGGACAAGAGCCUCCGAAGGAAGGCUCUUCUGACGACGCAAGCGGCAGAGUGCGCCAAGAACAUCCGAGACCUAGGUGUUCUUCCCGAAGAGGCUUUCGACAAGUACGAAAACAUGGAAGCCAAGCCAAUUACUUCAAAGCUGAAGCGAGUCAACGAGGCCUUGAAGAAGUACAAGCAUGUAAACAAGAAGGCGUUCGAGCAGUACAACAACUUUACUACUCAGCAAGAUCAUCUGAUGAAGCGGCGCAAAGAGCUCGAUGCGUCUCAAAGCUCCAUCGAAGAGCUCGUCGAGCAUCUGGACCGUCGCAAGGACGAGGCGAUCGAGCGCACCUUCAAGCAGGUGUCGAAAGAGUUCGCGACCAUCUUUGGAAAACUGGUCCCGGCCGGCCAUGGGCGCUUGGUUAUUCAGCGAAGGACUGAUCGUCGACAAGAGCCGGAAGAGUCUGACGAGGAAGCCCGUGGAAGCGUUGAGAACUACAUCGGCGUGGGGAUCAGCGUUUCUUUCAACUCCAAGCACCUGGACGAACAGCAAAAGAUCCAGCAGCUCAGUGGUGGUCAAAAGAGUUUGUGCGCUCUGUGCCUGAUUUUCGCACUCCAGCAGACUGAGAGCAGUCCCAUGGUCAUCUUCGACGAGGUGGAUGCCAACUUGGAUGCCCAGUACCGAACAGCCGUCGCAGCCCUCCUGGAUUCCAUAUCCAACGAGAUCGGAACGCAAUUCAUCUGCACCACUUUCCGACCGGAGAUCGUCCACGUUGCGGACAAGUGCUACGGUGUAACGUUCCACAACAAGACCAGUUCGAUCAACUGUGUCAGCACCGAGGACGCGCUUAACUUUGUCGAAGGCCAAGCAAAGCCGGCUUAACCCCUGCCGCGAGCGUUGACCGGUAUGGGAUGUAAUCUGGGUUGUAGCUAGCACUACGGACGGAGAACUGGCGUUGGGGUUGCGACGAUUUAUGCGGUAACGAAUGUAUUUCUGGGUGCUAUCUUGUUCUGGUAGACGUAGGAUGGAGAUGACAUUGCUCCGCGCCGCGUCGUGCUGCGAUGAAUACCUAUUUGUAUCAACAGGCCAGCAGUUAUCAUGGUGUUGAAAAUUGCAACUCGUGCAUGGGGUUUACAAUCUAUUGUCCGGCGUGGUGUUUCUCGUGAACGGGAGAAAAGUACGAAAGUGACCAUCAUCAUAUUACCUGCCUAACUAAGUCCAAUGGAGCAUGUUAAGACUGCUAUCCACAUCGAGGGCAUUGGUGCCCCUGGAUAGGAAAGUCCAC